CGAAGGCCUGACUCUCCAACGGGUCACCUGUACAGCAAGAGCAAGAGCAAGAGCAACAACAGCACGCGCCGAGGCCCGAGCAGCAUCCCUUCUGGCCCUGCCCAACCAGCCCCCUAAAACACCCCAGAAGAAGAAGACGACGAAGGCUCCACACCCACGGGCCAGCGCUGGGGACCUGCUGGCCAGCGACACCCUCAGCCCCAACACUGCCAGGACAACACCUCCACCACCGCCGCCGGGAAGUCUUAACCUUCUCAUGCAGCAGAAGUAGAAGGACAAGCAGGACCCGGACGGUGACAUCAUUAUGAGGCUUGAGUACGGUCUCCUGAACUCCUCGUCCCUGGAGCUGAUUGCGCGGAGAUGGUGGUGAGCAUAGCCAAGGGGUGCAAGGAGGAGGUGUGCAAAGUGGACAUGCAGACCGAGGUGGCGUUCCUGGAUGGCAAUAACAGUUCGGUCAUCAUAGGCAAGAUCAACCGGCUUGAGGUGACAGCAAGCAACAAGGGGGAACACGUGUACCUCCCCAGCCUAAUGGUGAGCCUGGCGCCGCCCCUCGUGGUCUUCCAGCCUCCUCACCAGUGCAUCUUCCACUCCUCCGAGCUUGUGUAUAACUUGACCAACCCUCUGAAGAGCAGUGCUGAGGUACAAUCACUGGAUGGUGGGCGACAAGUUUGAGAGACUCGCCCCCUCACUGCCAAGAAGUCACCCGCCGCAGCCGCCGAAGGGAAGGACGGAGGAACAGCCGCCAACUCCAUCGCUGGCGGCUCCACGUCUACUCUCGUCUCCUCCUCCUCCGCCUCCUCCUCCUCUCUCAACAUGGACGGUCGAAAAAGGAUGUUUAGUGUGGAGGUGUUUGAUUGGGGUAUGUGGGUUGGUGUUUAUAAUUUCAUUUGUGUGUGUGUGUGUGUGUGUGUGUGUGUGUGUGUGUGUGUGUGUG